AGGAGGAAACAAGGGACUAUGGUUGUAAGGGAGUUUCCUGCAAGAUAUUAUAAAGGGCUCUCCCUUCAGUUGAGCUACAGUGUUGGUCUGAAGGUGAAUGCCUGCUCCUCAUCCCUCUGACUGCUGACUGAACACAGACUCAGGGGAUUCUGAAGGCAUAGAGGCGCACAGUGUUUCUCGUCCCUGCUGGUCGGGGUACGAGUAGGGAGCUGGUCUCACCUAACUGAUGUGUCUGGGACACUCCAGUUUAUUUAUUCAAUCAAUUAAAUCCAGAUCCAGGCAAGCUUGAUGGACGUGUUGGGGGUUUACAGGGCAGACGGAAGGCAGACCAUGCGAGCUGAAGGAUAUGUGAAGGAGUUCACUCGCCACUCCAAUGAUGUGCUGCUGAAUUUGAACGAGCUCCGGCACAGAGGCAUCCUGACCGACACCACCCUGGUGGUCGGCAGUGUUCAGCUGCAGGCCCACUGUGCAGUGCUCGUCGCCUGCAGUGGGUUUUUCUACUCCCUUUAUUCCCACCGGGUGCUUCUUCAGGGGCGUGGAGGUGGAAGCAAAGAGCAGCUCAUGACUGUCUCUCUUCCCAGUACCCUGGACCCAUCCUGUGUUUCUCUGCUGCUUGACUUCAUGUACACCUCCCGCCUCCCUCUGACACCAAGCAUCGUCUCUGGGGUGCUGGCCGUGGCUGCCUAUCUGCAGAUGGACCAUGUGGCCGACACAUGCAGGGAUUUCAUGCAGCUGCAUUGCACAGAGAAUGUGGGUGCAAGACACCCCCAGAUGGAGCUGGACUCCAGUGUCUCUGUAGCCUUUGCUUCCCCUAAAGGACCUCAGCAGUCCCGACAGGCAGAUGCAGAAACAAGGUUCCCUGUUGUUGCAGAAGGCUCUCUAAAGCCAGGGGCUUUCCCGCCCUGCCAGCCCGGGUCAGACAAGGUGAAAGAACAUCCUGACUCACCCGUCCUAAACACUCGGACUUUAUCCCCAAACAGCCCAGACCGCUCCAGCUGCCAUCCUAACUCCCCCUCUGAAUCCAGCACCUGCAGCAAAAACCCUGAGAUUGAAAGCAAAGCCACACCAGACCCAAAGGCCUGCAAUUGGAAGAAGUACAAGUACAUUGUCCUGAACCCUCUCUGUGCUGCAGCUUCUGCAGUGAAAGUAGAGCAGCUGGAGGAGGUUCAGUGUCAAGAUUUGGCUCUCAAAGCUCCAACAGAGGCGUGGUCUGGAGAAGUGCCUGGUCAGAUUGAUAGACAGGGGCAGGCCUCCUGCUACAAGGGUUCUGGCCGAGCCCCUCCCCUCGGGCCACCUCCCUCUCUGGAUCUACCAAAAGUGUCUGCUUCACUCAAGAAGGAACAAGGCUCACCUGGCUUCAUUUUUCCUAAACUUCUUCCAUCUGAUCCAGAAGCUGCCAAAUUCAACCAACCUCCAAUCAAGUGUGAGAACCGCUACCUGCCCUUCCCUUACUCCACUUCUCUUCAGGCAACUAAAUCUGUGAGCUCAGGAGACAAACCAUACCGCUGCAAUGUUUGUGGGGCUCAGUUUAACCGACCAGCAAACCUAAAAACUCACACCCGCAUUCACUCAGGAGAGAAGCCUUACCGCUGUGACACCUGCGGAGCUCGAUUUGUUCAGGUUGCCCACCUCAGGGCCCACGUCUUGAUCCACACAGGUGAGAAGCCCUACCCCUGUCACACUUGUGGGACCCGCUUCCGCCACCUGCAGACGCUGAAGAGCCACUUGCGCAUCCACACUGGAGAGAAACCAUACUCUUGUGAGAAGUGCAGCCUUCACUUCCGACACAAGAGCCAGUUGCGUCUGCACCUCCGACAGAAACACGGAGCCAUUACCAACACCAAGAUCCGCUACAAGGUGCUGACUGAGCCCUUCCAGUCAGUUCUGCAGGCCUGCUGAGGAUCACAUCACUUACAGCCAAAUCUGCUCGAAAAUAUGAAACCUGGGAAAAGAAUCACUAGAUUUUUAAUUGACUUAGAUUACACAGUACUGAUUGUUAGAUUUGGACUUUUUCCUAAUUUGGAGAACAACAGUAUUUUUUUCCUACCUUUUUGAAAUAUUAGUUGGACAAAAAUCUGGACUGUAUAUGAAACCCGUACUUUAUCAGAAAUGUUGGGAUAAUAUUGGUAAAUGGAGAUGUGACAAAAAAGAUUGAAUGAAAGUGUUGAUGAAGGUUGGUGAAGUGAUGUAAAGAGAGGAAAAGGGGAAGAAAACAUUUUGUAGAAAGAUAUUGGAUGUGGAAAGAGGAAAGAGAGGAAAUGUAUGUUUAUUAGGAAGAUGGUGAGUGAAGGUUUUAAAUGUGGAAGAGCACUUCCUGAGUUUUUUUUUUUUUUUUUUUUACUCCUACAAUGUGUAUUUAACCUGAUGGCCUGGGGCCUAUAUAUAGUUUUUUUAAGACAUGUUUAAGAAGUUAUUUAUGCCCUUGGAGUUCAAGGAUUAGUUUGUACUGAAUAGAGAUAAGCCGGAUGAAAGUGAAAGAGAUGUUAUCGAUAAUGGCAUUUAAAAGAAACGUUUUAUAGCAAUUUAAAUUUGUAUUUGUUUGACUUCAUUUGCAGGACAAAUUUAAAUUAAAAGAAAUUUUAUAUCAUG